UCCUCAUUGGGCGAUAAUAUGGGAAAUAUUGUAAUGGGUUAAAAAUGCCUAGCUUUAUCAAGAAAAUCUACUCAAAUGACGGAUUAAUGACAUCAGUAUUAUAUCGGACGACAGCAGACAUUAUUGAACAAGUAUUAGGCAAGAGAGGGUCUGUCAAAUCACUUGUCUUGAAGAGUAAUUACCAGAAUAAGAAGCAGUUGUAUGCUAUCACAUGUGAAACCCUGAAGUACAGAGAUGUCAUCCUUCAAAUUAUAGCUGGGACAGAUCUCCUGAGACAUGAGAAGUUGCUGGCCAAAAGCGAGACCAUAACAUUGGUACUUUUGUAUGACUUUCUCUUUGGAAGAGGCAUCCAGACUGGAGGGCAGUUCAAGAAAGCACUUCUAAAUCACAAAGCAGCUCUGCAAGCUGAAUUAGCCAGAUUAAAAGUGAAGGCGAAAGUAACAAAGAAUGAAGAUUUGCUCAGUGACCUACAGUCAGGCUCCAUCCCUAGAUAUGCCAGGGUGAAUUAUCUAAAGACCACUCCUCAGAAUGUGGUGCAACAUUUCCAAGAUGAGGGAUACACAUUCUCACCUAAGUCAGCUUUCAAGCAACCUGGCAGCUUCCAUAAGGCAGUGAAGGCUAUCCAAACAAUGCAGUUACUUCAAGAUCCACAUAUAGAUGGCCUUCUAGUGUUCCCACAGAAUACAGACUUCCACAAGCACCCUCUUUAUAUUGAUGGCAGUAUUAUACUUCAAGAUAAGGCUAGCUGUGUACCAGCAUAUGUUCUAUCCCCACCAAAUGGAAGUCAUGUUAUAGACUGCUGUGCUGCACCUGGGAACAAAACAAGUCAUUUAGCUGCUAUCAUGGCAAACACUGGCAAAAUAUUCUCAUUUGACCUUGAUAAGAAGAGACUUGAGACAAUGAGGUCACUGACCUCAAAGGCUGGAGUGACGUCUGCUGAGUUAACACACCAUGAUUUCUUAACUGUGGACCCCAAAGAUCCCAAGUUUGCCAGGGUGCAGUAUAUGCUUGUUGACCCUUCUUGUAGUGGAUCAGGUAUUUACAGUAGACUAGAUCCACUGACGAGUGAGAAUAUGGAAGCAGAUGAUGACAGACUUGCAAACCUGGCCUCAUUCCAAACCAAGAUUCUCACACAUGCAAUGUCAUUUCCUGCAGUUAAAAAGGUUGUUUAUUCCACAUGUUCUGUGCAUCAACAAGAGAAUGAAGAUGUUGUUGCAGCUGUUCUACGUGAUCACCGUGAUUCAUUUACACUCGACACUGUGCUCCCUGAUUGGCCACGCAGGGGACUAGAUAUUUUUGCGGGGGCAGAGAAAUGUGCCCGAAUGCAUGCAGAUGAUUUAACAAAUGGCUUCUUUGUUGCAUUAUUUUCAAAGAUUGGUGCUGUGGAUAUUGAUUUAGAUGUUCAAACGGAAAAUGGAACUCUAGCAUUUGACGGGCAGAAAAAGCAUGCCACUAAACGAAAGUAUAAUAAGGAAAUUGCUCAGCAUAAAGACACAAUUGAUAUCAAAGAUAAGGGAUCAAAAUCUAGGAAAUCAACUGCAAAACAUGAAUCCAAUGUUGCUCAAAAUGAAUUCAAGUCAAAUGAAGAGCCUCCAUCAAAAAUACCUAAAGUUGUAUUCCAAAAUCCUCAAAUAACCCAAAGUGCUCAGAAACGAAAAAGAAAAAAGGCUAGGAGGAAAUCUGAACCAGUCACAAAAACUCAUAAAAAGACUAUAAAAAGAAACGAUAUCAGUUCAAGUGUUGCAAAUAAGAGGCUAAAGAGAAAAAGCAAUGACAAUACCAGUGUUGUUGCUAAAUAGAAACGUAAGAGCCUUUAAUAAAUCAAAUUUCCAUCAUGUCUCCAAAUCAUGAUAAUUUGCUCAAUUUAAUGUACAUAUGCAAACAUAUUUUUAACAAUUUUAUGUGAGAACUUGCUUGAACGGAAGUGCAUUUUCUUUAAAAUUCAAAGUUGAUUUUUUGUAUGAGUGCUUAUGGAGGGUAGCAGUUUUGGGUCACCCUGUAAUUAUCUUUACUUUUUUCAUUGUAACUAACUACAUAGUAUUAAUGUCAUGGCACAGGUCAAUAGUAAUACUGUUUUAAAGUUAAGUCUUACUUCAAGUCUCUGGACCCCGCCCCAUCCCUUCUUUAUCCUCAACACCAGACUUGUAAGAACUAGCUGGGCACGGGUGCUGUCAUCACAGGAGGAAGUAGUUCUACUCAUUUGAAAUUUGUUGUUUCUGAGUGUAAUUGCUAUAUCUGGUAUACUACCCGCUUGGUCUCAAUUCAUAACAAAGAUAUAUUUGCAUUAAUUUACGUUUCUUUAUGUUGGAACAUUGAAUAAAACACUAACAAAGAUAUAUUUGCAUUAAUCUGCGUUUCUUUAUUUUAAAAACUU